AUGGACGCUUUUUGGAGACUGAUGUGGUAUGCUUUAUUCAUCCCUGAUAUUUUCUCUAUGAAAGAAUUACCAGAGGAGUAUUUUGAAAUUCAUGGAAGAAAUACUUUAUUUGUGAACGGAUUCUCCUUAUAUAGUCUGAUUUCAAACAUGACUGUGGAAAAUAUAUAUUAUACCUUAGGAAAUGAAUUUGUCAUCUGGUCAACUUACACUUUGAAAGAAUAUGCAGGCUUUAUGUUAUAUCCCUUAACUUUGAUAGGGAUUCUGAUAAUAUUAUAUUAUCCCCUUGUGUUUUUUUUGUUUCUGUUAUAUGUCUACAAUGCAAUACUUCUUGUAUGGAAAAAAAUUGGCAAUCUGCCAGAAGAUAUCAAUAGCCAAGAAUGGGACAAGCCAAAGCAAUUUUUGGCACUGGCAGCUGAGUGGCAUGGAAAGAUACUGCACAGUUAUGAGAUUUCUGGACUAGAAAAUCUACCAAAAGAACCAGCGAUCUUUGUUUAUUACCAUGGACCCAUACCAAUAGACCACUAUUUUUUUAUCCAUAAGAUUUUAAGACUUACUGGGAAACCCUUCUAUUCUGUAAUGGAUCAUAUUGUUUUUCAUCUACCAGGAUUACAUAUGUGCCGCUUAUUCCAUUAUGCUGUUCAUCCUACAAGAGAAAAGAGCGUAAACAUUCUGAAACAAGGACACCAGCUGAUGGUUUCACCAGGAGGACUGCGAGAGCAGAACUAUGGAAAUAACCACUACAAGAUAAUAUGGUGGAACAGGAAAGGAUUUGCUCAUAUAGCUAUAGAUGCAAAAGUGCCAAUCAUCCCUGUAUUUACACAAAAUAUUAGAGAAGGAUAUGUAACAUUUGGAAAUAUAAGACCAAUGAGAUGGUUAUAUGAGCGAACCCGAUGGAUUACCUUUCCAUUAUAUGGAAUGUUUCCAGUUAAACUUAUAAGCCAUAUUGGAAAACCAAUUCCAUAUGAUCCAGAUAUAACUCCUGAAAAAUUAGCUGAAAAAACUCAAAGGGCAAUGGAGGCUUUACGGGACAAACAUCAGAAAAUCCCAGGAAGUAUAUUGCAAGCUAUUAGGCAACGCUUUGAGAGAUGUAACAAAGAUAAACAGUGA